UUUUAACAAAUGGAUUUCGAUUGAGGAAGGUAAAAGUCUAAAAUUUAAUCUCCUCGCAUGCACUAUCUCUCAAGCUAUAAAUCCAGUUGCCCAGAAACAUGGUCAUAGACUCCAAAAACACAAAUUUCUCAAUAAAUGAUUAUUUCCCUAAAAAUAAGCAGGAGUGGGUUAUUUUUUGCCCUAUAGAUUAUCUGGGGCUACCAACUCAACCUCUAUACAGUAAUGCCUAAACUUUGAGGCCUUAAAUAUCCCCAAGAAUUAGCUCUAAAUUGCACAUAGCUCUGUAAAUUCCAGCAGAGAGUUUGAAGAUUUUGGAACCGAACAAGAAGUCAGCAAGGCCAGGAAGAAUAAAACAAGUUUAUUCAACACAGAAAGAACAGUGAGUGAAAAUUUGCUGACUAAAUAACUUCUCUGAGAACAUCAUAAGACAAAUUGAGCCUAAUACAAGCACAAUUAUAAAGCUUAGCAUGCCAAGAUCGGAUUCGGAUCAUCUUAAGAAAAAUAUUUUAAAAAUUGUUCAUACUGAUACUGAUAGAACGAAUUUUCUUAAUUUUCUGAUUCUUAUCUCUUCUCUUUCUCAAGUGAGCUUUAAAGGAAUUAGCUGAGCUGAGAAACUUGAUACGAAACAAUCUAAGACGGAAGGGCUCAAUGAUGCAAACAUCCAAGGAGCAGUUGACCACUGACUCCACAUCUCAAGUUCUUUCUGAUUAGAUUUUAUUCUUACAUUACUGAAACAACACAGUAUUGAGCCAGUGGUAGGAAUCAGAGCUCUCUCAGCAACAAUACAAAACUUGGAAUUACACUAGCUAGACGAAAGGUCUCAAACAUCAUUCGAAGCCAAGAUCAUAUCUUCAUGGAGUCGCAGUAAAGACCAACCUGACAACACAAUAGUCAAUAAAAGCUUACAGAUAUUGCAGAUGUUGGUCCAAAAGCACAACUGCAUCUUGAAGUAUGGAGAAGAGCACGAAACCAUCACUGACAUUCUCAAGUGAUGAUACCAAGAGCUUGGAAACCAGCACAGCUUGUGAUAUAAGUCCAGAAAUCACAGACACAACAGCAACGAAGACUUACUCGACCAGUCCAAGUCACAGUGAUACGAUUGAUUUGAUAAUGGAGACUUCUCUGUAGCCAUCAACGACGAGUCCAAGCUUGAUGAAACACUUCAGCGGUUCAACAAGCACGUGCACUCUCGCACCCAGGUGCACGACGACUUCAUCAGAGAUGCUCCGAAAGUGGACUUCAGCAGACUCAAGAAACUGAACACCCUCAGGAUCCACAAGAUCCAGCAGAUCAUGGAAGCCGACUACAAAGUGCAAGGAGUCAAACUCUUCGACUUGCACCUGCUCAACAUGAAGAACUCCCAGACCAAGUACCUCCAGCCCAAAGACGCCAUCGAAAUGGCCAUCAUUUUCUGUUUGUUUGAUGGAGACCAAAUUCACAGACUGGCUUCCCUCGUUUACUCUUGGACCGAACAACAGCAGUCAGAAGCCAACUCAAAGUUCCCGAUUAGCGUUUACAAGCUGAUGCUGUUUUAUGAAGAACUAGAUGCUUUUCACAAAAUGUUCAGUUAAGAAACUUUCAGAGUCAACAAAGUGAGGAUUGUGUCUGAAAGCCU